CGCCGCCGAUGUUUUCCUACCCGGGACCGGGCGCAUGGCGCGGCCGCCGGGGCCGCUUCUCCUCCUCCUCCUCCUUCCUCUCCGCCUCCUCCUGCAGCUCUCCGCCGCCGCCGGGCGGCCCUGCGGCCCCGCCGGACUGCCACGGGACACGGUGCUGGGCCUCCUGGGAGCCAACAUCACUCUGACCUGCCAGGACGAGCAGCCUGCAAACACCACGGUGCUGUGGCAGGUGGAGAAGCAGGGAGCAGCAGGGCAGCUGGCAGAGGGGAACACGCUGCUGCUGACACAGCUGCGCUAUGAGGACUCGGGGCACUACAGCUGCUCCGUGGGGAGCCACCUGCUGCGCUCCCUGCGGCUGCUGGUGGCAGAGCCCCCUGAAACUCCCCAGGUGUCCUGCUACCGGCGGAGCCACGACAAGGAUGUGCUGUGUGAGUGGCCACAGCAGAAGAAGCCAUCCCCAGGGACACGGGCAAUGCUGUGGGUGAGGAGGAGGUUUGUGGCUGAGAAUGCCACAGAGCAGCGGUGCCGCUACUUCUCCAAGGCACGGAAGUUCCUUUGCCGGCUGAAGGUGCCACCUGGCACUGAGGACACCAAAAGCCUCGUGGUGUCCACGUGUGUCAGCAACGGCGCCGGUGGCUCGGCUGGCAAGGACAAGAUCAUCACCCUCAGCAGUGUCUUGAGGCCAGACCCGCCGGUGAAUGUGACAGUGCAGGCUCUGGAGGGGGCCCCACAGCGGCUGCAGGUGAACUGGUCCUACCCCCCCUCCUGGGACCCCCGUUUCUACUGGCUGCGCUUCCAGGUCCGCUACCGCCCCGAGCCCGCCCCGACCUUCAUGGAGGUGAGACCCUGCCCGCUGGCACAGCCCUUGGCCCUGGCCAGGCUGUCCCCAGCCCCGUGUCCCCUCCUCCAGGUGGAUCAGGUGAUGACGACGUGGCUCGAUAUCCGCGAUGCGUGGCGUGGGAUGAGGCACGUGGUGCAGGUGAGGGCCAAGGAUGAGUUUGGCCAUGGCACGUGGAGUGAGUGGAGCCAGGAGGCCGUGGGCACCCCCUGGACAGACCCUUGGGAGCUCACCUCUGAAAUGGAGCCUUACAGCUCACAGGUCCCCACAGAAGAUGACACCUAUGGGGUGACCCUGUCCCCCAGGCUCUUCGAGGAGGAUGAUGCUAAUGGUGCUGGUGGAUCUGUCAUGGAAUCCAGCACCCAUCCUGUGGCAUCCCCCUACGCAUUCCUGGUCACCGGGGGCAGCCUCCUCCUUGGCAUCGCCCUCUUUGUUGGCAUCGUGGUGAGGUACAGGCAGAUGUGGUGGACGAGCGGGCAGGAGACGAGCAAGGCAGAGGGCGAGGGGCAGCACAUGCUGGUCCCUCUGAGCUUACCCCCACCCACACUCAGUGACACCCCCCUGCUCUCACACCCUGCCCCCUCAGCCCCCGGAGGGCUCCACACAACUCAGGCAGAUCAUUCCUCCUCAGGGCAGUAGCCAGGGGCUGGAUGUGCUGGCAGAUGCUUGGGGGUUGGAUGGAGGGUCCCAGGGCUUUGAUGUGGCUCUGGGAGCAGUUCCCCCCAGUAUCUGGUGGUUGGGACAAGCCUCUGAGGAGGAGAAUCAAUGCCAUCCCCCAUGGGGAGCAGCUAGGAAAAACAGACUGGGUCGUGGGGGCACCUUCAGCACCAAGCUGGGAUGGCCAGGAAUGACAGCACUGGAAUUGUGGCUGCACCAGAGCUUGGGGGGCCUGGGACCCAGUCUGGAGGUCCCACAGGGAAGGAAGGGCCUGGUCCCUACAGUGCCACGGGGGUUGGGGAGGGAGGGCCUGGCUGGAUCAGCCCC